AUGGCUGACGUCGACUUUGCAUCACUUGAGUACGACGACUAUGCGAUAGAGGACCUUCGCUACAACCUCGACAACGCUAUCCAUCCGGUAUUUAGCGCAAAGAACUUCGUCAGCAUGCGAAACUUCGAAAACACAGACUACGAAGUGCUGAGGCCAUCGCUGCGGCUAGCCUCGCUGCUCCUUGAAGAACCAAGUUUACUGGCAUUCUGGCACGCUAUGUUCUUCGGAGUAGAGACGGAAAUCGUAGAUCCGGGACUGGAGGAGAAAUACGGCACCAAGAUGUUCUCUUACCGUCGGAUGGAUGGUGAACUCACGGCGGAAGACAUUGUGGAUACGCACGAAAUGCUUCUUGAACUUGCCAAGAUAGUCCGCUUCGUCCGCGUGGAGAGCCAGGCAUUGGAGCCUGCGGGUGCACUAUGCACCGCUGCGCAGUGCCGGAUGCCGGGAAAGUUGACCGGCUGCGGCGCGCGAAUCUUGUAUGGGAAUAACUGUUACCAGGGAUUACACAGGUUGGAAACUUCGGAAGAGUCGCAUGAUUCCAUCUUCACAGCCCGAUUGGAUUUUGCUGCUACAAUGCUGCAUGAGCUCGCCCAUGCAGCUCAAAGGGCCAUCCUCGGGCGAAGGUCCUACGAGCAUUUUUUCGAGAACGAUGUCGUGGCAGAGGCAGGUUUCGCUUGGGAAAACUUCGUAUUUGGCGGCACACUGUCCAGGGCUAGUCUACCGACACUCGAAGAGUUCGCAAUUCGCGAAGCUCCACAUCGUCACAGCGGCUACGAAAUCGAUACCGAUGUACUCGAGCUACCUCCAGAGAGAGGCGUGGUCUCCACGGUGGAGGUCCAUUGGCCAGUAAGAGACGAGUUCGUGCGACGACUCUUUACCAAGCGGUUUUGGGCACAUACUGUGAAGAAGCAGGGUGCCGCUGCUUUUCGCUUCCCGAAGGAUGACGGAUUUCUGGUUCGAGAUAACUGCGUCAUUCCCAUCUUGCCCGAAGAAUAUCCCCCCGAAGGCUUCACUCUCCUCCUGCAAGGCUAUGAGUAUCUUCAUGGGAGAAUGCAGAAAACGCUCGUCAUAUCGCAACGGUCAUACUGCCCUGAUGACUGCGAAAGCGGAUGGUGCUGUAAGAAGCCGGAGUGGACCAAACUCAGGGGCUCUUGGGAAAGCUCCAACGCAAGUGGCGAGUCUCGAAGGUCAUCCGAGACAGCUGCGACAUCAGUAUGCUCAGAUCUUUCAAGGCUGAUUCUGGAACCAGACGGGGACUUGGAGAAGUGGUAA